UUGAAAAAGUCGCAGUGCAACGAAUCUCGGGGAUAGAGUGACGAGAGAGGGAGAAAAAAGUGGUGAACUCGAGAACAAAAUCCACGGAAGUCUCUUUGUGGUGACUUUUUUUUUUCGUCUUAUUUCCCUCGUCCAUUCGUGCGGGGGCCUACUGUUGUGUAUGAAAAGUGAGGAUAUUGGGAGUUCUGUGGGGAUCAAAGUGAAACGUGAUACGGAAGUUUAGGGGUUUUUUUACUGUUGAGAACAACAAAUGUGAACUGGGGAUUGGGGAAUUAACGUGUUUACGAUUGAGGGGCAUUCAAUUACGGCUGUUGGAGCUAUGGAUUGUCUGGUGUUCCGGAUUUUUAAAUGAUAACUUCGUAUUUUUUUCUGGAUUGAAUACAAAAAAAUUCGGAUAUUUCGUUGUGGAAGAUGCAGCCUCUUCUUUUAUUGAUGUGCCUUCUCGGCACUGCACUCGGGGAAAACAGCACCGUAGAUGAUGUUUUUGGGAUAACCUCCGCGGGAGUUCACGGGGAGAACGAGGCGGCUGUCCCCUGGGGGGAGUGGUCGCCGUGGUCGAAGUGGUCUCCAUGCACGAGAAACUGCGGAGGCGGAAUAUCCCGGCAACAGAGACGCUGCCGGCGUAAGCCCUGCAAAGGAAAAUCAUGGAGCAUAAAAUACAAGAUCUGUAACAAUCAGCCCUGUCAAGUGCCGAGUGAUUAUCGCGCUGAGCAGUGCGCCAAUUUUAACAAUAUACCGUACGGCGGACAGUUGUUGAAGUGGUAUCCCUACUACGACGAGUCCAAGCCAUGUUCUUUGAUCUGUCGCGGAGUGCAGGUGGACAAAGCUACCUCGGAGGCAUCGCCCAGGGAGGCGUUGGACAAGUCCGAGGAAAUUAGAAACAAAAUUGAUGGAACUGAUGGGGGAUCGAUUGAUACCGGUGAACUCGAGUCUGAUGAAACUUUUGUGGUGCAGUUGGCUGAUAGAGUUGAGGAUGGGACCAAGUGUCGGGAGGGGAGUGCCGAUGUUUGCAUUGGAGGGAGCUGCAUGAAAGUCGGAUGUGACAUGAGAGUAAACAGCGGCAAAACUAAGGACGCAUGUGGUGUAUGCGGUGGAAAUGGUUCAAGCUGUCAGCCAAGAUACUCCUGGAGUUUGGAAUCAAUAUCAGCAUGCUCCAAGUCCUGCGGAGGCGGUUUUAAAAUGGCGAUGGCAAUCUGCAAAUCAUCAUCAGACGACAGUAUCGUCGAGGCGAUUAACUGUGAUCCCGACCAGCGACCAACGAAAAUGUCAAUGUCAUGCAACACCCACCCAUGCACCACCAAAUGGAUCACCGGCGAUUGGACGAGAUGUAGUGCAACAUGCGGAGGUGGAUCACGAACUCGUCCCGUUUUCUGCACCGAGGAGAAUGGAAAUGAAACAACUAAGCUGCCAGAUCAUCGGUGCAACACCAGUCAUAAACCGCGUAAUCAAGAGAUGUGCAAUACCAUUUCGUGUCCUAUGUGGGAGACCAAUCAGUGGAGUGAGUGUUCAGCGACGUGCGGCAGUGGCGUAAGAACCCGAACGAUUGAGUGCAGAGAUGGAAACGGUAGAUUGUCCAACGAUUGCGAUCCAGGGGAGCGUCCACGUGAGGAGCAGGAGUGCAAGAACACUGUUGAUUGUUCUGCCUACUCGGGGGAAAUGGCACAGGAGCCCUAUCCUGCCCCACCGUUGCCAGAGAAGUUAAUUGAUCAACCAGUGCCCUCGGAAUCUACAUUCAUUGCCGACGAAUGGUCGCCGUGUUCAGCCACCUGUGGCGAGGGUAUUCGUCAUCGUCAGGUUCACUGCAAGAUUUUCCUCGAUUUCAGUCGAACAAUAGCCAAAUUACCGGACAACCAGUGUGCUGGCCCAAAACCCCCCGAAACCGAGAGAUGCAUGCUAGGUACCUGCCCACCACUGGACAACAGUCUCUCUUACAGAAUUGAUACUGUCGGAGACAGUGGAUACGAAGAAUCCAAUUUAAUGGACUCCUACAGGUCCUCCGGGGCGAGUGGAAGUGACUACGAGAGUACAGUUAAAGUUGCACCUGGCAACUCGGGACAGACUACGUACUCGUGGAAGGAAGGGGGGUACAGUGCCUGCACUGCAUCUUGUUUGGGAGGAGUCCAGGAUUUGAUAAUAAACUGCGUACGCGACGACACCGGAAAGACAGUGAUUCCCCUGCUGUGCACAAAGGAAACAAAGCCAGAGUCUCGUAUCCGCACAUGCAACGAUCACGCUUGCACCCCCAGGUGGAACUACAGUGACUUCUCACCGUGCAGCGUUCCCUGCGGUAUUGGUAUACAAACGCGUUACGUCACUUGCAUACAUGAGGUGGCACGGGGUGCUGGGAAUACGAUAGUCGUACCAGGCCAUAUGUGUCAGGCACCCUCACCAGUAGACAGGCAGCAUUGUAACGUGUGGGACUGCCCACCAGAAUGGAAACCCCGGGAUUGGGAAAAGUGUUCCAAAAGUUGCGGUGGUGGAGUAAAAAGAAGGGAAGUGGUAUGUGUCCAAGUAAUGGCACAGGGACACGAGAGAACACUACCGGACCGUGAGUGCCAUGGGAAUAAACCAGCAACUGAAAAGCCUUGUAACACCCGAGCAUGCCACGAAAUCGGAUUGAGUGUACAGCCAGUUAUAUUCAGUCAAAAUUCAACAUUUACCCAGCGAACACCUGAGGAAAAAGUUGAUCUGAAAAUUGGUGGAACAGCAACUGUAUUUCAAGGGAUACCCAUGGUCAAGAUUCGUUGUCCUGUUAAGAAAUUCAACAAACAGCAAAUUUCCUGGACGAAGGAUCGCGCGGAGAUUCGAAAAUCAAGGAAGUACAAGAUUAGUAAGAAGGGAGCUUUAAAAAUUGUGGACAUUGGGGUGACUGACGGGGGAGUUUACACAUGCAGAGCUGGAGGUACGAGGGCAGAGCUUCGAUUAAUCGUGAGACAUCGCACCAGAGAACAAAUGAGCAGCGAGGAAAUUCUGCGAUUCGGUAAUGCCGUUCAUCAUCGUCCCGACAUUAAUUUGGAUCAAUCCUCCAAUUCUGGAGAAAAUCUACAAAUUGACCACGCCGCCCCAGCAUUUCAGGGGGCAUUUGCCUACGGGAAUGACGAUCAGAGUCAUGAAUUCAAGCCAGAAAUUCCCAGUGCUGCUAAACCCACUAAGAAAUCUCGUGCUCGUAAUCGUCGACCGAAAACCAGUCCACCACCACCUGACGGUGGCUCGCCUGGUGAAUUUUCAGUCACUUCAAUUCAUCAGCCUGGCUACCACGAGUCCGUGGAAUCUACCGCUUCUUCCGGAGCUAACAGCCUUCUGCCAACGUUCAGUCAUCUAAUAUCUACGUUGAAGUCCUACUGGCCCUUCCAAGGAAACAGCGGAUCAUCCCGCAACCACCGAACAGUACCGUCGCCCGACAAAAAUACCCCCGAAAAGAACCACCACUUACGUUACGACAGCGUGGAAGCCGAUUUCAACUUGUUCAACGACAACACAGUCCUCCCCGACGAGCCCUUCGGCCCGGACGAGGAGCGAAUAUUUAUCGACGACGAUCCCUCUGACAUGAACACCGCAAUCCUAUCCCUCGACCAAAUGGAGGAAGCCAAAAAGUCCACAGAAUCCCUGAUCAAGGUUCACAGCCGGCGCUCGAAGACGGAAGAUACCAAGGACUACCUCGAGGAGUCCCUGAGGCAGGCGAAGAGACACAAACACGGAGACAUCGACAAUUACCUCAGGAACGAGCGCGGCACAAGUCACUCGCACGAGCAUUCAAGAACCCCAGGAGCAAAGCAUCACGAGAGGACGAAACACGCUCCAGUGGACGCUGGCUCCAACGAGCAUACAAAUGGAGGAACAGAGAUGACGGUUCCGGUGAAUCCCACGAAGAACCCUGAGGACUUCACGACGCCAAAGAGAGAAGAAGAAGCCCCGAGGACUGACUCCAUCCUAGUGUCUCUGGUCCCGACACCUCCCGCCGAAGGAAUCAAGAAGUCCUUCGAGACGUCUACACCACCUCAGGACGAGGACGACAGAGCCUUCGACUCUGGCAGUGAGAUGGAGCAGACAGAGGACUCCUAUGAGACAGAACUCACCCGGCAAAAGUUCAACAAGAGCGAUACAAUCAGAUUGUUCUCCAACAGCUCCAACGGCAGUGAAAUGGCUUCGAGCAAUGAAAACGCGAGGGAAAUGGACUCCGAGGGCGACGACAGGGGAGCUCUCGAGGUCUUGAGUAAUGAGGACGGCACAAACAGGUCCAUCGACAUCAGAACCGAUUUGAUGAUGGAAAUUGGAAGGCACUUGAGGAACAAGAGUCAGGUGGAGCACAGGGGAAAGAUUCUCGAGGGAAAGGGAGGCGUCGAGAUUCUGGGAUUUGACAGUGAGGACGAGCAGGGGAUCAACGUCUUCAGCAAGGUUUACUUCUCAGGAACUGGUGAGGACUUGAUCUUCGAAUGGGUCACCACCGAGUGGUCCAAGUGCUCUCAGACUUGUGGAGGCGGUGGCUUUCAAAUGAGGGGCGCUCAGUGCACAGUUCGUUCCAACAAGUUGGUUAAUUCCACGAGGGUCCCGUCUAGGAGUGUUAUAGGGGCUUCGUUGUGCGAAGAUGCUGGAUUUCCGGUGCCACAGAAGGUCAGGGCUUGUGGAUCGGGGAGGUGUCCACAGUGGCACGCGGGGGAGUGGACACCCUGUGAAUCCUCACGGUGUUUCAAUUGGAAAACUGCAAUGCAAAGAAGAGACGUAACAUGUCGCUUGGUUGAAGACACGAACGGCACAACGAACGUAACUAUUCUCGAAUCAAGCAGAUGUGAUGAUGCAAUAAGGCCACCGCAGAGACAAGAGUGUUAUAACGACAUUUGCAAAGGGGUCUGGAGAGUUGGCGAGUGGUCUGAGUGCACCGCAUCGUGCGAAGAAGACGGUAUAAAAUAUAGAAUUCUCCAGUGUGUCUGGUUUGGGACGAAAAAACCGGCGGGCAAUGCCUGCAGGGACAUACCAAAUCGUCCGGCUGUGAUGAAAAUUUGUCACGGUAACCCGUGUCCAAAAACUCCAGGUGACUGUGAGGACCACUCACCACUCUGUAACAGGGUGAAAAUGAUGAACAUGUGUCAAGUGCCACUGUAUCAAAAACAGUGUUGCAAGUCGUGCCACUAGACACUCAAAAAACCAAUUAGCGACUAAAACACCUUUCGUAUCUCCAUCAACAAAAGUAAAAAAAGGAAAAAAAAAAACAAUUAAAAGUUAGAUUGUUCAGAGCAGAUAGACCAAAGUUCUGAACGAGUGUAGUACAUGGGAAAGAACACUACGAGAGGCCAGAAUGAGUGGUGAAUUGUCACCAAUAGACAGAUAAAAUUAUUUAUUUUGCGCACACUUCGAAUCUUUACCCCCUUAAAAUAAAGGGAGUAACUGUACCUCGAAUUUUAUGGAGCCACGAAAAUCCUUCUUCCUUGCAUUCCAUGCGAAGAAUGAUGAAUAAUUACCUGAGAAAUGAUUGAGAUGUUGUUAAAGUUCAAUGAUAAAUUGCAAAAGAUUUAACCUGUCCUCGAAGGAUUAUUGAUGUAAAAUUUUAAUACUCGAAUAAUUUAUUGAGUUGUAAAAAUUGAUUUUUCGACAAAACGUACUGAUGAAUAUUAACGGCAUUAACUGGUGAAUUAAUAUAAUUAUUAUCAUACCAACUAGGUCAAAAUUUUUUUAACAAAAUCUACAAUCCAUUUUUUACCCACUCAUUGGAUAAUUUAGCCCUAUUGAAUGAAUAUUUUUGUUGAAUUCACGUGUAGAUCUUUUUUAAGACUGAAAGAGACAUUGUAAGUAUUCCUUUCUGCAUGAAAAGAGAAAAAUCCCCCCUCAUUUACCUACAUUCCAUGAAUGGAAAUAAUGAAAAGAAAAACGUGAAAACUUCUCAAGUUGAUUUAACUUAUUGUCCUGUUAUCGUUGAAUUUUACGGUGAAUUAAUUGAUCGAGAUUAAAUUAUAUAAAUAGAUAUUAAAUAAAUGACACUGAGUAAAUUAUUAAACGCCUACACACCACCCUCAAGGAUCGUACAUAAACCGAUUGAAUGUAAGCGAUAAAUAAGUAAUGUAAUAUAAUAUUUUAUUAAGAUAACCAGUGAAUAAAGAGGAAUAAUAAAUUAUUCGUUGAAUAUUUUAUCAUUCAUCGACGUGGCUCGAGGAGUACGUGCCUCUCUUUCAUAAAAAAAAAAAA